AUGGCCCUUACAGCGUGGCUUCUUGCGGGACCGUGUGAGAUUCGAGUCAAAGGUGAUUCGGGCAGGUCACGUAAGAAUGUUGCUGUAAAGGCACAGUGCCUGACCCCAUGGCUGGACACAGAUGAGUUGCGCCAAGCAGAUGCUCUUGCUCAGCAUGUUCUCGGGGUGAUUGAGUACCAAGCAGAUUUUGCUUAUGACACCUCUUGCGUGCUCACAAGUGUUCAGAAUGUGCAGAGGCUGCACUGGAAGCUUAUGGGUGCUUCAGACAAAGACCUUUGGUUUUUCAAGGUUACGCAGCUUGCAAUGUUUGCGCAGCCACUACAUGUCCCACGCUUCCUUCCUCAUAGCAAGGCGAAAGUUUAUGACGUAGUCUCAGAAGAUUUCCGCGCAGAGCUUGCCCUCCACUUGGAUGAGCGGCCGGAGUGGCUGCAGGAGGACCCUGAGAUUGCGUUUAUUGUUCCAGCCCGGUUUGCUUAUUUGAUUUGCCAGCAUCGUUUUCGUUCAUUUUGUUUGCCAUCGCCUUUUGUUCAGGGACAAUGGCGAGUGUCUGAGUGGAAGUUGAACACGAUGGGCCAUCGUCUAGCUGCUGCUUUCCAAGGUCGUCAUGCCCCUCUUGUUGCCGCGCAGGAGUCGCGACUUUUCUCUUUAACAAACUGCCAGGAUCUUGCAGAUGACAUUCGUGGAAACAUGCUGCGUUUGCCGGAGCAGCAGGCCCAUGAAAUGAAGUCAUGGGUCGCGCAGCUGCAAAACACGAGUGACGACAUGGCAUUGCCUCGAGCAGCUGAUGAGAAGUUCCGGCGUUUGAUCGAUUUUGUAUUUUUCUGCGAGUUGUUGAAAGAUGUUUCUGCAGCAAAGGAGGCAAUGCGCAGGGCGUUGGAGCUCACCUUUCCAAAGAGCUUGCUGGCAGUUGCGAAGGCUUCCUUGGAUUCAGAUGUGUCACUUAUGCUUUGGCAACGUGCUUUUGCGUGGAGUACACAAUUUGUCCAGAAAGUCAAAACAAGCCGCUACAUGAUGUGGGACUCUUCACCUCAAUAUUCCCGAGAUUAUGAGAUGAUCCGUGUCGUAUCUAUUUCGCACAGGGAUAUUCGUCAACUUUUCGCAUCAGUCAAAGAGAUGUCAAACAUGUGGAAACAGGACGGUGGUCUUGACAUGCAGCUUUUGCAAAACGAAACUGCGAGCCAACAUGCAGAAGAGCAAGAUAUGUUCCGUUUUGCUGAGGAGGUCCUUUGCCCACACAUUUGUCCAGCUGUGUUGCUGGGGUUCGGGGCCACAUCUUUGGCGCACAAAUACCAUACACUGGCACACGCUUUCCGCUUGGAGCAAUUUAAUGCUGAGAGUCUCCAAGCUUACUGCAAAGAGUUUGUCAGCGUGACCUCAGACUUUGGAGUUGAGCAUAUGUUGAGUCGCGUAGGUCCGGUUCUCAUCAGCACAGAAUGCCAGUGGUUCGAGGAUGCGGACCCCCAGAGUUUGAAGCAGGUGCUGAAGAAUGCUCCAACUGCCUGCUCAGACGUGCAAGACUGCGUGCUCGAAGAUGUUGCUCGCGAUGACGUGCUGGAUCUCGCAGAGGAUGCCUUCAGUUCUUUGGAUGAUGGGUUGCUUGACAUGGAGGGCCCAAUAGUGGAGCCAUUGUUGUUGGACAUGAGCGAUGACGAUGUCGGAGAUGCAAGCUUAGAUGAAGCAGCUGUAGACCCCGUUCCUCUAGAGGUGGAACAGGGAGAUGUUGCGGGAGCAGAUCCGGCUAUUUUUGAAGACGUCCCUGCUGGGCCAACCAUGGAAUUUUCGGACAUGUUCAGUUUCCCGGGAGUUCAUCAUGUUCUCGAUAAUGCAGUCAAUGGCUUUGAAGGUGCCAUGGAGAAUUACAAAGAGUACAUAGAUAUGGCUUCCAAGCUAUGCAAGUUCCUUCACAAGACAGAGACGCGUGACAUCCUGUUGGCUCGGUGCUUUGGUGAUGCUGUAGGACAGCAGUUCCAUGACUCGUUCAAGAAGUUUCAGGGAAACAUUUUUCCGGGCCGUUGGGGCACGGUAGCUUUCUCGGUGCCCCAGCUGCUGGCACUGGAGCGGGCGCUGCGAUGGGGAUGGAACAAGGUGCGAUAUCUGCAGGAUGCAAACGCCAGAACUGCCAGUACAACGUGUCUUGUUGAGCACGCAGACUCGGCUAUCGAAUCUUCCGUUUUCUGGGCAUGGCUUUGCAUGUUGGACCAUCUGGUGUUCAUUGUUCGUAAGGCCACUGCGUGGCUGGAAUCUUGUCCAUGUCAUUGGGAGUUGCUACAGCGUGACACUGAAGCGAACCCUAUUCCUCCUCGAAUAAAAAGACGAUUUCGCAGGUGCCCGAUGCGUGGGAUGCGGGCUCCGGAGCUGUGCAAUGGCGAGCUUUUAUUGGUCAUGGGCUUGGUUUGUGAGCAGACAGGCCUUCAGCUCUUGAACAAGCUUCCCAGGGAUAUAUCGGCCGAGGAGCGGGCGCAGCUGCUUGAUGAGUUCAACGCAGGCAGGUCUCAUUUGUGUUUUUACCUGGCCAUGAAGUUGAGCGCGUUGGAGGAGUGGCCAUGGAAGGUUUGCGUGUUGGCCCACACGGAUGAGGAUGUGGCGCGGCAAGUGUUGGGUGAAGCCCUGGCUAGUGACUGUGGACAUGCAAGACUGCAAACACUCAAAGGAGAACUUCGCCCUUUGUGUGCUCGCUGGGCCGCAGGAGAAAGUCUCCACAGCCCCGGAAUGGCUGCUCUGUGUACAUUCGUGGCUGAGCUGUGCUUCGUCCCGGUGAACGAAAGGCCUGCAGAGGCUUUGCAUCGGCAGACGAAGUUACACGGUCGGAAUCGUCCGCGGCAUACCGUGGGAUUUAUGUCUUUGAAACAGAGGAUGCCAGAACUCAAGCAGCUUCUAACUAGCAGACCCGCUGUUUUGCAUGAUUUGGCUUCUCUGUGUCACAUGGUCCGCAACAAUGAUCGCUGUGUUUCUACUCUUGGCUUGCAUUUGCACCCGUCUGUGCAGCAAGUUCGUGGCAGACGCAACGCAUUCCGAGACCCCUUGUUGGCUCAGAUUGUGUAUCAUGCUGAUCCAGGCACUCUGUAUGCUCUUCCUGUACCCGAGCUUCCCAUGGACCCUGGGGAAGGUGGUGAUGCCAGGGGCGGCGGUGAAGAUGGUGACGAUGGUCCUGGCAACCCUCCAGAGCGUGAGGAGGAAUGCCCUGCUGAUGAUUCCAGAGGAGAUGAGGACUCACGUGACGGGAAUGGUUCGUCUAGUUCCGAGUCUUUAUCGGGCCAACCUCCCGGCAACCCUGAAGCGGACCUGUCAAAUGCCCGCACAGCAAGCCUGGAGACGUUGGUGAAAACACAUGCCUCACAAUCCGCCAAACUGCUACAGAAGCUCAUGCUGGAUCGUUUGGCUGCCAUCUUGGCAGAAUGCAAGGGUGGCUUUCUUUCCCUUCCUUACACUGCAAAGGCCACGCGCUCUUUAGCCAGCGUGCUGAAACUGCAAAACCAGCAAAAGUAUGAGUUGGGUGAUGAUCUCAAUUUGGAGUCCAAGCUGGACAUCCGGGCUGGGAGCAACCUUGCAAGUGAUGCUACCCUGGCACAUCGCAAACAAUUUACAGCAGCAGCACGAUACUUGAUGUUUUUCAAGGUCGUGCGUGUGAACCCGAGAAAGUUGAAACGGGCCAAAGUUGAACAUGAGGCCGGCUUCUCCAGCUCGGAUGUGGUUGUUGCCCCGCAUAAGCUUCACAACAUCAAUGCUGUGGCCAAGAAAGUUUCUGUGGAAGCCAUGGCUUUGCAAAGCGGUGGGUCCAUGGCCGGCUGCAGUGUUGUUGUAGAUUUUGCUUGCUUGGAAGCAGAGCGUUUAACGCAAGUGAGAACUUGGAGCAAGUCGGAUCGAUUGGAUUAUCUCAUCAAGCGGGAUGUGUUGCCAGAGGCGGAGAAGUGGUCGAAGAACCGCAAGGAAGCACUUUCAAUCCUUUUGGCUGAGCUGGUUGAGAAUCAGGAUGGUGCGCGUGAGAGUUUUUGGCGACUGGCUCGGGAACGGAAAGACAUCCUCGCUGUUUUCCAGGGGCUUGGGUGGGUGGUCCAGACUGAAGUCGCUGGAGGCAAGUCUUGGACAUUGACCCCUCUUGGAAAGGAGUGCGUGGAUGUGUGCGUUACUUUGACAGCUCCAGAGCCUGCCUUGGAAUUGCGAACAGAUUGUCCGCCAGAGGAGCUGUCGACGUGGGAGUUGGUUGUAUCUCUGGACCGGGCAGGUUUCGGUCAUGUGGUGAAAGAGAAAAGCAGCAGGGACCCUGACUUCGAUCCAGAGGUUUCAGCAAGCAAGGUGUGGUACACAAAGCCGCAAGCUGUGCAAGUAUGUCGAGAAUACCUGCUAUGUUUGCUUCGUGCCUCUUUCAAAGUGAAGCAUUGGCAAGUUGCUGGGUUCUACGCUGCGCUGUUGGCCGGAAAGGAAUAUGUUCCCAAAAGGAAGGCCAUCAAACUUGGUGAGUAUGAUGAGAACGACUCAGAUGCUGGAGCUUUGCCGCCGCGGACGAGGAAGUCCCAGAGCCAGCAGAUGCCUCGAAUGAGUCAGACAUGGGCCGUGAAAGAAGCCAAGAGCCAAGCAGCAGCUCUCGACCCCCCGCUCAGCCAGAACCGCCUUUGGCAGGUCCGGCAUCUCUACGCGAUGAAGCUGCCAGCGAUCCUACAUCGAGCUCAAGCAGUAACAGUAGUAGCGACUCUGAUUCUGAUUCCAGCUCAAGCGAGUCCAGCUCUUCCUCUUCUGAUUCCUCUUCAAGUGCGCCGCAGAAUGCCGCUCCGGCUCCUACUGAGCCUGCCGGGUCGCGGACAGUCGCGGAUUGUCAACCCGAACAAUGGUUUUGCUUUUGGCUUCAACCAUGUGACGCAAGUGUUCAAAGACUUCGAGCCCAUAGGCUGGGAGAUGUCGUGCCAUCACCCUCUGCACAAAGAAGGGGGGGCCAAAUGUAGAAAGAAUCUGAAGUCUGUCACCAAGCAUCGUGAUGAAUCGAUGACCCUCAGGAUGCUGAAAGCUUGGGGUGCUUGGGGCGCUAGAGUUUCAACUCGCAAAGGUCAUGAGAAGGUUUGGCAGUGUGUUCUGCAAGCUGCGCAGGACGGAACUUUGCCGGAAUCCUUUGCUGAUGUUACAGAGUACACGACCGACUCUGGCACAGAAGUGCAAGUUCCGAAGCGUGCUCGUGUGUGA